CCCCACCAUCUUCUUCUGCCCAUGGAAUUUUAGCAUCCCAAUGUGGCUCCACAGAUCAAAAAAGUAGACAUUGCAGCCAUGUCUGCGGGUCUUCUUUGAAAACCCCCACCUUUUUCUCCUACACUUCACUUCGCACCUUUCUUCUUCUUCAAAUUCUCGUAAUCUCCAAUUCUCUCACCAUUCUGCAAAAAAUGGGUUUCCUGGGAACCUUGGAAUGGCCGAAUUACUUCGACAAGAAGCGAUGCAAGAGUCUGUUCUGCAGACUGAUAGCUAAGCUCAAGAAGGCUCUCAAAGAUGGGGCUUCCCACAAGAAACAGCUCAGGUUUCAGUAUGAUCCUUCCAGUUAUGCUCUUAACUUCGAUGAUGGUUGUUUGAGUAACAAUUUUGAAGAUGGAACCAAGAAGAUGAAGAUGCUCAGAGACGCGCGAGUUCUGGGAUUGUACACUGAUGCCAACAACACGACCUGGGUUUAUGUCGUCUGGGACAAAUUUUAGGGCAUUAAAGCUGUAAAAGCCCAUCAUCUUUUUUCCUUUUUCUUCUUUAACUUUCUGUUUACUGCUUCCCCACUGUGUAUUUUCCCCACCUUGCCACCAAAAAGAACGAUAGGACUUCAUGAUCAUUCAAGCAUUUUGUUCUGAGUCUGUUUUUGCCUCUCAAGUACUUCUCCAUUGCCUUCUUUUUCAUUUUGAGUACAAGGGUCUUUUUAGCUUUUUGUUGGAUCACUCUAUUAUUGAAACCCGAGUUUUGACAAUUCUCAACAGCUUUCAGUGGACUAAAAAUCACCGUGUAAAGAUGCAGAAUAAAUUGCUUGGGUUAUUGUAUUCCAGU